AUGGCAUCCGUUAGCCCUCUCAACUUUCUGAAAGACAAAACUAUUUUUGUCACUGGUGCCACAGGCUUCCUAGCAAAGGUUUUUGUAGAGAAGAUUCUGAGGACUCAACCAAAUGUUAAAAAGUUGUAUCUUCUUGUGAGAGCACCAGAUCCAGACUUUGCAAUGAAACGAAUUCUGAACGAGUUUGUGGAGACGGAGCUGUUUCGUGUGGUGAGGGAUGAGGUUGGUGCCAAUCUGAAAUCCUUUAUAUCAGAAAAGAUAGUUGCUGUCGCCGGUGAUGUUUCUGAUACCAACUUGGGAGUAAAAGAUUCUAAACUAAUGGAAGAAAUGUGGACAGAAAUUGACUUACUAUUAAAUUUUGCUGCAAUAACCAACUUUGACGAAAGAUACGACUAUGCUUACAAGGUCAACACAAUGGGAGCGUUCAACGUUUUGAACUUUGCAAAGAAUUGCAUUAAAAUAAAUAUGCUUCUCCAUGUAUCAACUGCGUACGUGUGCGGUGAAGCAUCAGGACUCAUACCAGAAAACCCAAUCAACAUUGGUGAAGCUCUGAAAAAUACACGCAAACUGGAUCUUACUAUAGAAAAGGAAUUGAUACAAGAAAAAUUAAAUCAACUUCAAGCUAAAGGAGCUGGCCAAAAUGAGCUUGCCUCAACCAUGACGGAUUUGGGCAUCAACAGGGCGACAUUAUAUGGAUGGCCAAACACAUACGUGUUUACAAAGGCUAUGGGAGAGAUGAUGUUAGGAGAAUACAGAGAGACUAUUCCUCUACUCAUCAUCCGCCCCACCAUGAUAACCAGUACAUUUGCAGAACCAUUUCCUGGAUGGAUCGAAGGUUUGAGAGGCAUCGAUGGGCCAAUUGCGGGUUAUGGUAAAGGGAAAUUGAAAUUCUUGCUCGCUAAUCCCAUGACAAUCGUUGAUAUGAUACCAGCGGACAUGGUGGUGAAUUCAAUUAUCAUGGCUAUGGCGGCAAAUACACAACAACAUUCUCGGAUAAUUUAUCACAUUGGCUCAUCUAGGACAAACCCAAUAAAGAUGACAGACAUUCACAAGUUUGCGAGACAAUAUUUCAUUGAACAUCCAUUGAAAAACAAAGAUGGGAAGCCAAUUAAAGUUCGCAAGUGCAGAUUCUUUAAAACACCAGCGAGUUUUCACGCAUGGAUCGGUAUUAGAUAUGUGAUGCCACUGAAGGUUUGUAUUCCCAAUACCUAUUUCGAUGUCACAAACUCACAAAAUUUGCAAUUGACAAUGGAAGAGAAUGCACAAGAAGCUAAUGCAUUUAACUUCGAUCCAAAAGGCAUUGAUUGGGAAGACUACAUUGUCAACACUCACAUUGCUGGACUUGUAAAAUAUGUUCUCAAGUGA